AUGGUCCAAACAGCUCUCAAGAAGUCGUCUUCUUUGGGCCCUACUAAGUCUGGCAAAGUGUCCAAACAUAGCAAAAAUCCCAAAAAAGCUGCCCCAAAACAAAUUGCUCCAAAGAAGAGAGGGGCUGUAGAAGACAAGAAAAUCGCUAAAAAGCACUCUGCUGCUCUGACAUCUGCUACUGAGAAAUUACUAGCUUCUCGUGUGGGUCAUCUGGAACUUCUUAAAGGUACAAGAAGAGAGUUAGAAAAGAAGGAGAAGGAGAAGAAAAAGAAGGAGGCCAAGAAAUGA